GCACUUCCCAGCCUAUUUAACACUUAAAAGUUCUCCAUCAAUGAAAUUGUUCUGGGUGAGGAAGAGCUGAGAGUGUGAUGUGCUAAUGUGAGCAAAAUAGAUGUGCGUUGUUUGCUGUAUGAGAAGAACGAAUACCUGUAAGGCUUGCCUCUGGGCAAAAGAUUACCCCCUCAGAUAAACAGCCCGCCAUUAAAAGUGUGGCGGAACCCAAAGGCUCGAUCGUUAUUCGGCAUAUUUUACCUGAUAUUUACACUCUUUGUAGCAUUUGCUUUUACCUAGAAAGUGAAAUUCAGAGACAUAAUUGCGUACACAAGUCUCAGAAUAUAUAUAGCUAAAGGAUUUUGAGGAGCUAACGUUUCAAACAGUCGCUGUAUGUUCGGCACUGUCAGCCUAAUUAGCCGCCAACCUGUGCCAAUAAUUACCCCCCCCUUUACAGACUACAGUGGGACUCCGGAGCACAGUGCGGUCCCUCUCUCAAUAUGUCCGCCGGUAAGGUCCACAUUCGCUCAGUAGGAAUGCGGUAGGCGGGGCUGCUACGCUCGUGUCAAACUUUGGGAAUGACAGGAGUGCUGCAGGAUUCGUAAAGAAGGCGAAGUGUCGCCUCGUUGGUCCUGUUUGGAUUACUUUGACUUCUUUUUUAGCACAGUCUUUGGAUUGACCACCUUUCUACAGAUAGUACGGGCCUCAGCAGACUCCACAGCCAUGUCGGAGGACCUGAGCUCCCUAACCUGGUCCAUCAACAAAGAUGAUUAUGAGCUACACGAGGUGAUUGGGAGUGGGGCCACAGCAGUGGUUCAAGCAGCCUACUGUGUACCACGCAAGGAGAAGGUGGCCAUCAAACGAAUCAACCUGGAGAAGUGCCAGACUAGUAUGGACGAACUCCUGAAAGAAAUUCAGGCCAUGAGCCAGUGCCACCACCCCAACAUCGUGUCUUACUACACCUCGUUCGUGGUAAAGGAUGAGCUGUGGCUGGUCAUGAAGCUGCUCAGUGGUGGCUCGGUGCUGGACGUGAUCAAGCACAUCAUCUCGCGCGGCGAACACAAGACGGGCGUCCUGGACGAGGCCAGCAUAGCCACGGUGUUGAAAGACGUGCUCGAAGGCCUCGAGUAUCUACACAAGAACGGACAGAUCCACAGAGAUCUUAAGGCUGGAAACAUUCUCCUCGGGGACGACGGUUCAGUGCAGAUUGCAGACUUUGGCGUCAGUGCCUUUCUAGCCACAGGUGGUGACAUCACUCGAAAUAAAGUGCGCAAGACGUUUGUGGGAACGCCAUGCUGGAUGGCCCCAGAGGUCAUGGAGCAGGUGAGGGGUUAUGAUUUCAAAGCAGACAUUUGGAGUUUUGGGAUCACAGCCAUCGAGCUCGCCACGGGGGCCGCACCUUAUCACAAAUACCCUCCGAUGAAGGUCUUGAUGCUGACGCUGCAGAACGACCCCCCCGCUCUGGAGACCGGCAUCACAGACAAGGAGAUGGUAAAGAAAUACGGCAAGUCCUUCAGGAAGAUGGUCUCCCAGUGUCUACAGAAGGACCCUGAGAAAAGGCUAACAUCCUCAGAGUUGUUGAAGCAUAAAUUCUUUCAGAAAGCAAAGACUCAUGAGUAUUUACACGAGAGGUUGCUUCAGAGGGCGCCCACAAUAACGGAAAGGUCAAAAAAGGUACGUCGAGUGCCAGGCUCAAGUGGUCGGCUGCAUAAAACGGAGGAUGGCGAAUGGGAAUGGAGUGAUGACGAGCUGGAUGAAGAAAGUGAAGAGGGCAAAGCAGCCGUUGCCGCCUUAAGGGAGCAGCAGGUGAAGCCUGUUAGUGCCACCAGGCGACAAGUGCGCUUCGCCUACCCACUCGAGCUGCCUUCGUCCAGGUCACCCAGAGUGAAGGAGGGCUCACAGAAUUCAGAGGUCUUCCAGACUGCGGAGCCUUUAAGUAGUCCGCUCCAGCCGACGGCCGCGGGGCGGGCAGAUCUACCUCAGGCUGCAGGUCCGGUUCCACUGCAGCCCACAGUCAACACUCAACCCACUGCCCAGGCCACGUCUCCCACACCAGGCGUACCCACUGCUGCUUCUCUCACGCAGGUGCAGGCCGCCUCAGGGGUCAACUCCCCCAUUAGUUUGGUAUUAAGGCUAAGAAACUCAAAGAAGGAGUUAAACGACAUUCGCUUUGAGUUCAUGCCCGGGAGAGACACAGCAGACGGUGUGUCCCAGGAGCUGGUGUCAGCAGGCCUGGUGGACGGGAGGGACUUAGUAAUAGUUGCUGCAAAUUUGCAGAAAAUAGUUGAUGAACCUCAAGCCAAUAAAAAUGUCACUUUCAAACUGGCCUCUGGCACGGAGGGAUCUGAAAUACCAGACGACGUCAAAUUGAUGGGCUUUGCUCAGCUCAGCAUUAGUUAAAGUGUUGUACGACCUGGGACCGUGACUUGCCUACAAAAUGUGAAAAUAAAAAAUAGUUAAAUGCAUUUUUUUUUUCUUUCUAUGGCUGUAAAGAAACCACUACUGCCAAAGAAACAGAACCGUUUUGUCACCCGUAGGAUUAUAUACAACGCUGCCUCGUUUAACGUUGUGGUCGGCUGCAGCAUCGGAGCGAACAGUAAAAAGUUUACAUGUAGAAGGAUGCAAACAGUUUCCACUCAUACUCUUAUUUAACUUUCUCUCUAAUAUGUGAUGCAUUUGCACAAUCUGAACUAGCGCCCUUGAAUCCCGAUAAGUGUAACGAUGCCUUAUAUUCAUCAGAACUACUGAAUGCACGUUUUUUUUUUGGGGGGGGGGGAGUCCCCAGUUACCAUAUGGAGCAUUAUGUUGUCUGAAAUGUACAAAUGUGGUUUCAGCUGCUCACGUCAAACGUUUUACUUCAUUGUUUAAAGGAUAAGUCCCUUUAGAAGUCACACAUAUUUAGAUUCUGCCGACUUACUUCCUGAAAUAGCUGCGCAUUGUAGUUUUAACCAAACGUUACUUAAACAUAAGUAAACAGUGCAUUUGUUGGGGACUAUUUUCAGCUGCGGAUUGAUACACAUUUGGUGCUCUAGUGAGUAUUUCCACAAAUUGACAGGAACAUGUCCCCCCCGGUGCAACGUGCGGCUCCAUUGUGUAUUUAAAUAGUUUUUGGGCAACAAUAAAAAGAACAUGGCCAGUCUUAUCUUUUAUAAUGUAUUGUUGCAAACAUUAUUUUUGAGCGUGAGACGACGUAAUGAAGCUGGUUUUACAUUAUAACACGUGUAUAGAUUGUCCAGUACUUCAACAAAUGUACCUAAUUAUGAAAAUGAGAAGAUAACGUUGGCUUUUAUCUUAACCUUCACCGUUGCCUCCACUCGUCUUACACACAGUCCCGGCCUCAGGUCUUUGAUUAAAUGUUGAAAUUGUAUUAAAGUAAAACAGUUUUAUUGCAGCUGAAACCACAACGUGUUGUAUGAGCAGAUCCGUCUGUCUGUCUGUUUGUGUCUGUUUUGGAAAUCAGUUUCUCAAAUUCAAAAAGAAGAAAAAACUUAAGUGCAUUUUUUGUUUAUGUGGAUGAAACAUAAGUACUUGAUUUAAUAACCUCUAGUAUGUAAAUAAUGACAUCUGGUUUGAUUAGUUUUUAUACUGGGUGUUUCACUUUCGGCCUUGUUUCUCUCCUCUGACACGACUGUGGGGUUGUGGCGCUGCGUGAAGGAAGAACACGGCGCUGCACGUUCGGCUUUGAAUUAAUGUUGCGGGACGUCCCGUCACUCACUGUCAUGUUUGACGCUUAGUUAAAGAAAUUAAUGAAUUUUUUUAUCACUUUUUGCCUUUUUGAGUAGUUUGAAUAUAUUUACCCGUACAGCUGUCCUCGUGCACCGCUUCAUACCACCAAACAUAUUUGUCCAAGUAACAACAAGUCUGUCUCCAACGCUGUUUACAGAACAAGUCGUGAGUUUAAAAAGAUCAAACGUGCAUUUUGGAUUUGUGUGAAAAAGUCUGUUCUCAGUACCGUCACAUCCUUACAACCUACUCUGCAUGUUUCUAAUAAUAAUACAUUUUAUUUAUAAGCGCACUUUUCAUUUGCGUAAACAAAACUCUGUGUGUUUCUGUGCGUUUAGUGACCUGGUCUCAUAAGGAACGUGCGUCUCGCAGUUCUGGGCCCUGCUCUAACGUGUCGAUCGCAGCCCCCCAGAUGUCACAAUGAAUGCAAAUGAAUGAAUUUGUUGCUUGCAGAUAAAAUGUCACAAGGAAAUCUUUGUAUUUUGACUUUAAAUAUGUUACAUUUUACGCUAGCCUUAAAUUGAAAAGGACCAAGUGUAUUCGUGUGUGUGUAUGUAUGUGUGUGUGUGUGCGUGUGUGUGUGUGUGCCCCCCGCUUCUAAUGGAGUUGAAGAUCCAAUGGCUUUGUUCUCCUCCAUCAGUCUCUUCUGUCCGGCUAACAUGUGGUCUAACAAAGCUGUAGCAACUGAACAGGUGACCGGCAAACUCUUCUGUCCCGGCAAUAAAUCAUCUAGGCUGUAAUAUAUUUGAAUUCUCCACCUGUUCUAUAGUUUUGGGUUUUUGUUUCCAUUCUUUCAUUUGCUCUAUUUUUGAUCAUUUUGGAGUUCAAAGCAUGUUUCUCUUGAUUAUUUUGAAUCAAUAAAGAAUGAGCAUAUCAGCCUCCUCUUA